UCCGGCCGGUUGCAAACUCUCUGGUCCUCGAGAUCGUUCUCUCUAUUCUCUGACUCCUCUUUCUAACUUUUCGCUGCUAUCUUGAACUUUAGAUGUUAUUUUAUAUCGUCGGUAAAAAAACGGGCAAAUGUUUCGCGGGUUUUGAAUAGUUAAAUCUCCUUCUCCUUCUACGUCUUCUUCACAUCGGUUGAGAAGUUGAACUUUUCGCGAAGACGUGACGUUCUCUGGCACUUUUAGCACGAGUGGUGCAUAUGUAAUAAGAAGUUGAUGACGAGGUUGUUGAUUAAUUUUAAGGGUGUUUUCCUGGUUACGUAAAAGAAUUAUUUCACAUUUGCGCGUCCGCGGUUAAACCAUUUUGACAAUAAUAAGGUAUCAGGAUCUCCAUUCGGCUCACUACUAAAACAAACUGACCAAGAACUGACCAACGUAGUGAUAGAACAUUUAGUUAUAAAGAACUGUUUACAUAUGUAGGUACUAUAUAGCAGUGUAUGAAAUGAACCCCAUCCGUUUCUAAGUAAGGGUGUCGUUAUCUCCGUGUCUGCGAUGUGGCAUCAGCAGUUGAUUUAAUGGAUUUAUUCGAGGGAAUACGCACCACCAAUUUGUCCAAGUUGUCUCUGUCGAGAUUUCUAUCUCAAUCAAUAGCGCAACUCGAGACAACUGGAAGUCCUCAAGCUAAAUCUCCGGCUACAAGCAGUGCUGGGGCUCUUGUGCCCUCUGAAGCUCGCACCCCAACAGCUCCAGGCAAAGCAUCACAAAAUGCCAAGGGAGAUCACCCUUCGAUGGCGUUCUUGCAGAGCCGCUCCAUUUCAUUGGUGGAUAUGUACAUUGACAAUUCGGAACCUUCUGAAAAUGUAGGACAAAUACAUUUCUCCUUGGAAUAUGAUUUUCAAAAUACGACACUUAUAUUACGGAUUAUUCAGGGAAAAGAUCUUCCAGCUAAAGACUUAUCAGGUACUAGCGACCCAUACGUAAGGGUAACUCUAUUGCCUGAUAAGAAACAUCGUCUGGAAACCAAAAUAAAGCGACGUACUCUCAAUCCCCGUUGGAACGAAACUUUUUACUUUGAAGGAUUUCCUAUCCAGAAGCUCCAGUCUCGUGUCCUUCAUCUACACGUGUUUGAUUACGACCGCUUCUCCAGAGAUGACUCAAUUGGAGAAGUAUUUCUGCCUUUGUGCCAAGUCGAUUUAAGCGAGAAGCCAUCAUUUUGGAAAGCGCUAAAGCCGCCAGCGAAAGACAAAUGCGGCGAACUAUUGACUUCUCUCUGCUAUCAUCCGAGUAACAGUAUUCUUACCUUAACCCUGCUGAAAGCCCGUAAUUUGAAAGCAAAAGACAUAAACGGGAAAUCGGAUCCGUAUGUCAAAGUUUGGCUCCAAUUUGGGGACAAGCGUAUAGAAAAGCGUAAGACUGCAGUUUUCAAAUGCACGUUGAAUCCAGUAUUCAACGAUACUUUCUCAUUUAAUGUCCCAUGGGAAAAAAUUCGAGAAUGUUCUUUGGACGUUCAAGUAAUGGAUUUCGACAAUAUCGGCAGAAAUGAGCUUAUAGGAAGAAUACUUCUUGCUGGCAAAAAUGGCUCUGGUGCUACGGAGACGAAACACUGGCAAGAUAUGAUCACGAAACCGAGACAGACCAUAGUCCAAUGGCAUAGGUUGAAACCCGAGUAAAGAAACGAAUAUCGCAUUCUAAUAUACAUAUAUUACUAUUCAGAGGAUCGGCUCUUUUUUUCUGCGAGGGCGUAACCCUCUUCAAAUAAAUUUCUAAAAUAAAACGUUAAGCAAAUGCGAAGUAAUAAUCGCAAAAAAACCAUAGAACUCUAACUGUUCUUAUCAAACUCAUCUUAAAAAACCUGGAAGACAAGACAGAGCUUUUUACUCCAUUUGGAAACGCCAAUACUUUACACAUUUUUCUAUCAAGAGUUUUCAGGUUAUUAAGCAUACGAUUAAUAAUGCUAAAAUGACUGUCAAAACGCAAAUUUAGGUUAAACCCAGUUUAUUAUAUGACAAUAACACAAAAUGAUUGUCUAAUUGAAGAUACAUUAAGGAUUCUAUUUUAUAAAUAAUAAUAAUAAUCGUCACCGCACAAUAAUGUUGUGUUUUAUGUUGCCUUAUUCACUAAUAUUAAAUUAACAACAAUAGGACAUAUCUCAUUUUGAACCAGAUACCUUAUCCUACUAAAAAAUAUAUUAAUGUUUAUUUUUCCACUAUCAAUUACAUCUUUUCUGUUUUUUUUUCUGACAGCAAAAUAAAGCUUUCUUGACAAUCUCUAUGUGUUCUCUUAAUUCACUAAUAGAGGUGUUAUUUAUUGUUACUUUAACUUAAAAAAGAUAUUUUUUAAUUCUAAUAAGUAUCUACCAUAAAAGUAAAUAGGUCAUCUCUCCACAUAAUAAACUCCUUGUAAUUUAUAGCAAAUGUCUUUAUGGUAUUCACCACCCACUAAAAUCCAUAAUUUUUUUGAAGAGAUACUCUUAAUAAUUGUUUUCUCUAUUGUAAAGAUGUAUUAGAUUAAUAAAAAAACAAACGUAAGUUGUCAAAAGUAAGGGUAGUAUUAACCUGUAAAACAGAACAAGAAAUAAUUGUAGCAGAAAAAUAAAACCAAAUUAUAAAAGGUAUAAGAAGAAAAGGAGAGAAAUUUGGAAAGUUCUUAUCUGCGGUCCGUUUCACUUUUCUAUUUUGUUUUCCUUUUCUCCGAUUUGUUGUUAUAAAGAGAACUGUAAGAUACAUGAAUUAUUCAUAAGCAUUUUCCCAAUGUCCAACGAAAGUUAGACCAGAAACCUCAGUCUUCACUUACACAUAAAUCCGCCGUAUUCAAAGGGCAUUUUGCAUUUCUAUCAGAUCCCGCAUAAUUUCUUCCUCUUUAUCUAAAUUGAGUUAUUCCUAACAGUAGGAAGAAAAUUUUUAGCGUUUAUUGUUUGAGACACGAAAUUUAAUAUUAUGUAUGUACAAGAAAUACAGGGAGCCUAGAAAGGGGGUCGUCUACAAAUCUUCUUUCACCUCUAGAUAUGUUUUUGGAAAUUUUUCUUGAUUUUGGUUUUAUUUAUUUAUGUAUUUAUGGUAAACACCUCAUUAGUUUAACAAUUCUCUGAUUCUAGGUUAGUCUUUUGCCAUACACAGUUAGCAAAAGCGGAAUCAUUUUGUUAUAAGUAACGGGUUAAAUUCAAAAUAAGGUUAUGUAGAGUUUCCACAAUUCGGACGCGUUCUUACUAAAUAUAAACAAGCCUGACAAUAGAAGAACCAAAAAGUUAAAAUUUUUCAUGAGAUAACGAAGAUUUGUAAUUCAUUACUUGUUUUAAACGAAGAAAUCUCCAUUCUCUAGAACACUUUAUGACCGGAAUGUAAAGCUAUAUCCAACUUUGGGUAAAACUUGCAAAAUAUUGAUCUCUCAGGUACUGAGAGUUUAUAAUGGUAGUAACGUCGAUUCGCGUUUGUCUGCAGACUUGUUACAGGUAGGGUUGCCACCUCUAAAAUUUAAAAUUUAUAAACCAGGAUAAGAUGCGGGAAAACCCCGGAUUUUAAAGU